AUGCCAGGGGACGACAUCUUCCGCCACCUCGACGCAGAAGCGCAAGCCCUCCUCCAAGAAUUCACCACCACCACCACCCCAACCGACCUCCAAACCCUCCUAAGCCUGCACUCCCACCCCCAAAUCUUCCGCCCACAACUCUCCACCCUCCUCAACAACCUCCCCGUCGACCUCGUCGUCGGCCCCUCCUCCCCCACCUCCCCCACCUCCUCGUUCCCAACCCAACACGAAACCACCAACGCAAGCUACCGCUGUCCCUUCCCCAACUGCACAACCUGGACCCUGAUCCCCUACACCACAGACCCUUUCUUCCCCUCCCUCUCGCGGAUCUUACAUCUCGCAAGUUCCUCCGACGAUGAACACUUCCCCGAGGCGCCGCUGAUCGAUUGCUACGAGAAGACGUUCUGUCAGAGACAUGGGGACGGGGAGAAGGAAAUGGAAGCUAUGCGCUUGGCCGUGAGGACGGGGAGGGUGAUUGAGGCAUGGCGGGAUGAGGUGUUGUCGACCAAGGAGGAGAAGAAGAAGAAGAAGAAGAAGGACGAGGAGGAGGAACAUGUGGGCACGAGAGAAAAUUUGGGUGUCCUCGACGGCCGCAAGACGAAGAAGUCGCCCUCUCCUCCGUUGCUUUCUACUGUAAAAGACUCCGCCGAUCCACUUACGCCUCACUUCAUCCGGCAUUCACAGUCUGCUCAACAGCGCAUCAUCGAGGAGCAGAGUCUGGAGAUCCAGAGGCUGCGGGAGGAAAACCUUCGUCUGAGGGAGGAGACGAAGUCUUUCAACGAGGAGUAUAUGAAUGGUCAUUGA